AUGCCAGAUAACGCCUACGAGGACCUAGGCUCGAGUCUCAUGUCGGAUGAAAGCUGGUCCCCGCUAUCUCUGCUCGAUGAGGAGCUGGCGGAUGGUUUCAGACUGUAUUCAUCAACUAGCAGCGAUACUGUAUCUACAUCAGCGCCUUUUAGCGAUGCCGCGAGCAGCGACCAAGACUCGGCCAACGAAGCAGACUAUAUCGACUAUGAAAACAGUUACAAGGGUGCAAGGAGCCCGGCGCACAUCGACGAAGGACCCUACUCGAGCCAGAAACUCCUCAGCUCCAGAGACAUCGUCGAGUCAUUGUCCAGCAGAUUCCUCUUCGAGAACGACUGUUUCGAGGUCCGGCCGUACUCCAUGUCGGGUGUGGGCGGUUUCGCACGCCGAGAUCUCGCGCCAGGCGAAGUUGUCCUGCUGGAACAGCCCAUCCUCCGCUCCAACUACGACAACCUUUUCCGGGACUUUCAGCGCCUUGACGCAAGUUCGAGGAACGUGUUCCUCCAGCUAUACGCGAGUGACCACUUUGAGCCCAAGCGUGUGACCAUCGAGGCCAUAUGGUCAACCAACUGGUCAGUCCUUGUCGAAUCUCAUGUUCCCGCCCUGACACGCCGGCAUUCGAUCCUAACUAAAAGUCGUUCUCGCAGCUUCUCCAUCAACCCAGACUGCCAGGGUCUCUUCGCCGUCGCCUCCAGAUUCAACCACGCCUGCGCGCCCUCCCACAACCUCGAGUACCGCUUCGACCCGACAACAGGCUGCAUGAUCUUCAGCGUGGGCGCGGAGCCCAUCAAGGACGGCGACGAGCUCACCAUAUCGUACGGGUUCGGGCUUCGGCCGAUAGAUCUGUACCGCUACUAUGGGUUCCGCUGCCUGUGCGGUGCCUGCGCUGGUCUCACCGACGAGGAGAUCUCCAUGAGCAGCAUCUGGUGA